AUGGCUCACACAUGGGCUGAGCAAGCUGCGGGUCUGGACGAAAAAGGCCCACAUCAUGCACAUUUUCAUGUUCCCCUCUCUCGUCAUCACGACGCAAGAGGAUCACAAACGGAAGGUCAUUUUGGAACAGGGGAUAUUGGAGGACUCUUACAGAAGCUGGACGCGCUUAUGCAGGCCAUCACUUUAGACAACUCAACAAUGUUGCAGCCAGAAAGUAUAAGUCCAGGAUGA